ACAAUACAGAGCACAGCACCGAAUGGUCUGCGAGAAAUGUUUGGUGUUUUUGGAAGUUGUGAAUGCUUUGAUGUACGAUUGUAUUUAAAUAAUUAAUAAUUAAUUAUUUAAAUAAUAGCCAUAGUGUUUCGUUAUUAUAAAGUUAUAUUCCGUUCUGUUGAUAUGUUAUGCGAAUAACCGUCCAAUUAAAAUGGCCGCUCCACAUCGGAGUGAAGCAGUGGUACUCUCGCAUAGUGGUAUUUAGAAAAGUAUGACGCUCCUUUUUAAAUACCACAGUCCAUUUUCUUGAUGGUAAACGAACACUUGAAAUCAGUGAUAUGUCUUCUGAUAAAAGAAAGGAAGUCAACGAAAAACACGAUACACCAGAUAGUACAACAAAAGAACGUCUUGGUUUUUACGAAGGCGAUGAUAUCCUCGUAUCACAAGCAGAUGGUACUUUUCAUUUAGGCACUGUCGCAGAGAUAUGCGCUUCAAGUAAAAAAUGUUUAGUGAAAUUUGGCGAUGGAACAGAAUCCUGGUCACAUUUCAGAGACCUUACGCCCCUCAAUAUACCAGAUACCGAAGAGUGUUCAGUCGUUUGCGUUACCUGUAAACGUUCACAAACUAAGAAAAAUAACGCUAUAGUCGUAUGUAAAAAAUGUGAUCGUGGGUAUCAUCAAGAAUGCUAUAAGCCGGUCAUCCAGUCGGCCAAAAAGGAUUGGAAAUGUAAACGUUGUAAUCGAAGUAAUAAAAACUGCCAACCUGUAACGAAAAAGACUGUUAUCAAAGACUUACCCUAUGACGCUACAACGAAUAACUCGUCAAAUUCGGAUCGUCAUUUGGCCGACUUACCGCCUACUCCGCCAUCCUCGGUCUCGGAUCCGGAAACACCUCAACUAUCCAUAGUAAACGGCGAACCGCCUACGUCACCGGUCGAAGACCGCUGCUGCGAUUUCAACGAAACAUCGACGCCAAAUCAAACCACCGCCAGCGGUAUCGCAGCCAGCGCUGAAACAUCUACGUCCGGUCCAUGUUUAAACCUAGACGAUCUUCUUUCAUCGCGAACUACAAGAGCCAACGGUCGAUCGUCGAUCAGCCUUCCGUUGCAGUUGAACGCUGUGAUAACCGACCCAGUGAUUAGGCCGACUAAACGUCGACUCAGCGAAAAAGAUAUCCGCGUGAAGACCAACGGAGAAAUACGCGUUAAACGUCGUCGCAUUAAUCGACUCAAUAGUCUGGGUAAUCUGAGACCUAGUGUCGACAAAGCCUUGGCAGCGGCCCUCGCUGCAGCAGCAGCAGCCAGACCAUCGACAUCCGCAUCGGCGUGCUCAACGCCGGUGAAAAUAGUUCCCAACGGAUCGACGUCGGCUGAUCUGAAGAGCGUAGUUUAUGGAUAUUAUAACGACGAGACUAAGAGUGACGCCGAAACGAAAUUAGACAAGGUUAAAGCCGGAGAAGAAUUCAGAAUUUGUGGUAAAAGACAAACGAUCGAUGGGAAAGUAGAGUAUCUUAUCGACUGGAUAAAAUGUACGAAACCUCUAUGAUAUCGAAGUUCAUUCUUAUUUGACCUUAUAUUAGCUGAGUGUCGAAUGCAAUUCUCAUUUGUUUCGUAUUCCAUUUGUAAGAGAUUUUUUUUUCUUUCUUUUUUUUUCAUCGUCUUUUUCUUUCUUUUCUUGUUACCUAUUUUUAUGAAUUAUUUUCGUUUUAGCUCUCAUGAUGAGUGAGUGAGAUACUCACCUUAAAAUUUGAAAUAGGUGUAUGUUUUUUAAUAUGAGGGACAUCGAAGAUUUGGCAUUUUUCGUUCGGUUCUCAAUUUCUUUCUUUUUUUUUUGGACGGUUGUCGAAAAAAAUGAUAGAAUUGAGGUUUAACGAAGAAAACCUCAAAGGGAAGGUCAAUUAGGUAUAAGAAAAUGUGCGAAUUCUUCGACAUGGAAAUCAUUUUUUUAUUUAAAUUUUAAAUCAGUCGAAUGUAAUUAACCAUCAUUGUAUUUCAUCUUGAAAAGAUUUUUUUUUUUAUUUUCGUUAUUUUUCUUCUCUUUUCUCGUUGCCUAUUUUUAUCAAUUUUUUUUUUUUUUUUUUUUUCGUUUUAACUUUUACGUUUAGCUGAUGAGUAAUUAUGAGAUUGUCUGGGGAGUUAAGGUGUUAUUGUGAGCUGCGAUGAAGUUUUGGUUCCUUCGUUCGAGCUCGAUUUUCAUUUUUCUUUAUUUUUUUUUCGAUGUGUUUUUUGUUUUGUUGUGCAUUUCAUUUUUUCUUUUUCUUUUUUUCUAAUUUAUUUUUUCCAAACCAAACCGUGUUUUCAAUUUGAAAGACUGAAAAUAUUCGCGUUCGAUGAUGAUACAGAAUCGUACGUCGCUUCGUAUAUUUUUAAUUACUUAGAAAGACGAUUCAGCGAUUAGAGAAAUUACUCGGGGAAUUUCUCUCCUCUUCCUCUUUACUUCUUUAUUAUAAUGAUGACGAAUCGACGAACUACGCGUCGUCGUCUGUGAGAAUAAAUUCUUUGCUCGAGGUGCUCGCCGACGACGACGGUAUGUAAUAUAAAUAUGAUGAUGUUGCAUUAAUCAUUCGUCUUUAAAAUAUGAUUUGUUGGCAGUAUCUUGACCAGACGACCACACUUCCUUUGGCAUUUUUAAUUUAGCAAAAGAAUGUUUUCUUGUCAUGAUUAUUACUAUUUUUUUUUUUUCAAAAAGUGGGGUAUUUUUCAAGUUAUUGAUCAAAGGAAGCAUGCUGACAAAGAUUAUUGGAAAGUUUCUGGACAUUUGUGGGAAAAAUCAACUUUCAAAUCCAUAAAUUUCUAUGGAAAUUUAGUGAAAAAAAUUUUUUUAAACAGAGAAAAUUGUAAAAAAAAAACCGUUUAAUUUCUGCAAAAUAUUGAUAAAAUUGUUUAAAAUGAAAGAAAAUUUCAAAAAUUUGUUGAGUAAUGGAAAAUUUAUUAAUUGUAGUUGAUAAUUGGCAUUUUUUCAAAAUGAUUAUGGCAUACCUUAUAUUUUGAAGGAAUAUAAAUUUCCAGUAACUUGUGAAAAUAUUGGCGUUGAUUUGUUUCAAUUUUUUUUUUAAGUAGGGAAAAUUUUUCGACGAAUUGAUUAUUAUAUUUUCCAUUUCACUGAAAACAAUCACAACUAAACUUGAUGUAAUUUUUCUAAUAUGCUUGUCUUGAAAUCGUCCACUUUCGAAUGUUUAUUUUUUUUUAUUUUUUAUUUUUUGUUCGCUGUAAGAUGGAAAAAAAAUGUGUUUACUAAAUGUAUAGGUACCUAGUUGUUUCAUAUUUUCUAUCGGUUGGCAAAAGGUAUAAGGAAGUUAGUGAAAGAUAUACGUAUAUUUUUAAAAAUUAGAAGCAAAGGUAUAAAAUAACGAUGGUUGAAAGUUAUUGAUUAUGUUUUUAACUAGAGAUAAUGUAUAUUGUAAAAAAAAAUUUGUAUAGCGUUGAAUUUUAAUUGUUUGUUAUUAUGCAAAUUGAUCCUUUUUUUUACCUAUGUGAAUUGAAUGUUCCAAACGUUCACCACGAAUCUACGAGGUUGGUUUUAUUUUCAUGGUGAGUUAUGUGGUGUAAUAUCCUUUUAAUAAUAUUUAUUUAAACUGAAAUUUCGAUCCACUAGAUGUGUACGUUUCUGUUAUAUUUUCUUCUGCCAUUUAUUCGGAUAUUAUUUUUUUUCUUUCAAAAGUUUUUAGUUGAGAUAAAAAAUACUCGAAAGUUGAAAAUCGGACAGGUUUGUUUGCAGAACAUGAAAUUAAAGUAUUAGAAAUCACAUCAUCACUCAUGAGUAGUAUAAAUUACUUUUUAAAAAGGUGGAUUUGUCGUUGGCUUGAAGCUUAUGUAUUGAACGUGAAACUACUUUUGAGCUAGUUUUUAUGAGAAGAGUUUUAUUUAUUUAAUUUUACAUACGAGGGAAUUCGUUGCAUAUUUUCCUUUUUUUUUUUUUACGAUUUUAUUCAUUUUACACGAUUUAUGUAGGUAGAUUAAGCGUCGUAUUUUUUUUUUGUUUUAUUGAAAAGUUUUUGUGCGCUGUUAGAAAAUUAUUGAUGAUCUCAGGGUUUUUUUCCACAAAAACUUUGAAAGUAGGGGAUUUUUUUUUCUUCGAACGUGUAGCGUAACAAUUUUUUUUAAGAUAAGAAAUGAUCAUUGUAAAUGUACGUAAUUAGUGUCGUUCACGUUAUUAAUUUUAAUGGUUCUGUGAUAUUGAAAUUGUACAAUUUUUGCGCAUUUUUAUGUAUAACUUGGCUAUUCAUAUAAAUUUGUAAUAUAUUCGUAUUGCGAUUCCGUGUGUGCGAA